AUGUACACUGAUCAUCAGGGCACCUAUCAGUGUCCAUCAGUGCAGCCUAUCAGUGCCCAUCACUGCAGCCUCAUUAGCGCACAUCAAGGGGACAUGUACACUGAUCAUCAGGGCACUGAUGAUCAGUGUGCCCUGAUGAUCAUUGUGGCCCCAGAAGUGCCACCUGUCAGUGCUCAUCAGUGCCAGUGCCCAUCAGUGCCACGUGCCAGUGCCCAUCAGUGCCACAUAUCAGUGCACAUCAAUGCCACAUAUCAGUGCCCAUCUGAGCUGCCUUUCAAUGUCACCCAUCAGUGCCAGUCAGUGCCGCCUAACAGUGCCAUAUAUCAGUGCUGCCCUUCGGUGCCCAUCAGUGAUGCCUGUCAAUGCCCAUCAGUG